AUGCAUCUCCCACAUUGGAGGCCUAAUUUGCAACAUUCUGAUCAUUACAAUCUGUUUAAGGUGAACACAGCUUCCCGAAUGGAAUCCAGUGGAGAACCAGGAAGAAUACAAUUGUCGGAACAGGCAAAGAAACUACUCGACCUUGACUAUCCGGAAUUCGUCAUAACGAAACGUGGUGAAGUCGAUAUCAAAGGAAAGGGAGAAUGCACUACGUACUGGCUCAUUCGCAAGGAUAACACCUACUUCAAAAAUGGUUCUUCAUGA